AUGGCGCCAUACGCUACCAGCACGCCGUAUACCGGCUUCCAAGCACUUAUAUUAUGCGGACCCGGACUAAGCAUGAACACCUUCACGAGUGUCCCCUCAGAGUUUCCAAAGGCACUAGUACAGAUCGCCAAUCGACCCAUGGUAUGGUAUGUGCUUGACUGGUGCUAUCGAUGUGGCCUCACAGACAUUACGUUGAUCACUCCUCCCGAUGCAAAGGACGUGCUAGCCGCAGCGCUUGCUCAAGAGCCACAUCUUACCUCACUGCCGUCGCCAUCGCCUGAUCUGCUCGCACCGGCGGACCUGAAGUUCGAGACUGCCACAGCCGAGCUACUGAGAUUACCAGAAGUCCAGAGAGCAAUCAAGUCGGAUUUUGUAUUACUGCCAUGCGAUCUGAUUUGCGAUAUUCAUGGAGAGUCAUUCCUCGACACAUACCUCACUAGCAUUGGAGGCCUCGCCGGAACCGGAAUCUCGACCGAUGAGCACGACCCUCAGCGGCCAGUGACAUUCGGCUCGGGAGGCGAGAGCAGUGGUCGACGUGGUGGCCUGUCGAUCUGGUACAAUACAGCAAAGCGUGAGGAGAGCGUCAAGAAAGAGGAAUGUGACUUUCUGGCCACAGUACAAUUCAAGCCAGACGUCACCUCAGAAUUCUACAAAGGCAAGGCUAGCAACUUUCCUGGAUUGCUCCGAAAUCUUGUCUGGACAAAGCCAAUGUCAGACCUCCUGGAGGGAGAAACAGUACGCGUUCGAUCGUCGGUACUGAACAAAUACGGGUAUAUCAAAUGCUUUACUCAAUACCGAGACGCUCAUAUCUAUCUCCUGCCCUAUUGGGUCAAAGAGUACGCAAAGAUCAACGAAGGCUUCAUAUCCUUCACGGAGGACCUCGUCGGGACUUGGGCGCAGUCAGACUGGAGGAAACCGGCCUACCGAGAGAAGUAUGGAUCCAACAAGAUCUUCGCCCCAAAGACGACCGCAACAGAUAUUGACCAGAAGAUUGAUCGUCCGGUGGAAGAAGAAGUCGAUCUCCUCUUCUACUCAACUAUCCAGACCUCGCCUCGCCCCGGCAAGCCCACCGAAGCUGCAACAGAAUCGAAUGUCGCCUCACCUCGGCAGUCCAACACCCUCCCAUCACUUAAUUCGACCGGCGAAUCCACAAGACCCGCAACAGAGGUCAAGCUUGCCUCGCGUGUGCAGGCCAACCCAGAGGACAGCAUUCUCUCCGACACCAUCAAUCCGUCCACAUCAGAAACAGUUGCGAGUAUGCCCACAAUAACCGCCUUUGUCCUCGAUAAUGGCGGUGCAGCGCCCCUUGUCCGGCGCGUCGACACCACACCACUUCUUCUUUCCGUCUCCCUCCUCCUCGCCAAAAGACCCAGCAUCGAAGAAGAUGCGAAAGCCGGCAAGUCCACAUCGUCACCCUUCGCUCACGCCUCAAAGAUCCACGCCACCGCCUCGAUUGCCCAACAGGUCACCAUCCAGCGCAGCGACUGCCUCGUCGGCGCCAACACCACCAUCGCCACACGCUGCGUCAUCAAGAACAGCGUCAUCGGCGCCAAUGUCACCCUAGGCCAACGUACGCGCAUCACAGGAUCAGUGGUCAUGGACGGUGCAACGAUUGGUGAAGGGGUCGAGUUGAAUGGCACAGUGAUCGGAAAGAAGUGUAGGUUGGGCGACCGCGUCAAAUUGACCUCAUGUGAAGUCGCAGACGGCUAUAUGCUGGCCGAUGGAACUCAGGAAAAAGACGAGAAGUUUAUGGUUGGCGGCCUAGAGGCCGAUGAUGAUGAUGAUGAGCUCCCAGAGAGCGCGGAUUCCAACAGCGCUGAAGAGGAUUAG